AUGCAAACUGAAGUGCCUACUUUACCUGUGGUACACUUUAAUGCACAUAAAAACCUCAAUAGAAAACAGAAUUCUAACUUAGGAAGACCAUCAGUGGAAGCAAAAGUUAGUUCAGCUAGUUCACCUCAUAAAAUCGUAGCAUGUCUUUCAUCUAAGAAAAAAAACUUACAUCCUUUACUUGGGCAGCCAUACCAAAGUAAUGUUCGGCACUAUCCUCCUUCAGAGCAGUCGAAACAUAAAAAUAGCAUUGAGCAAAGAGUUUUGUCUGCAAAAAUGUUACGUAUUAAGGAACUGCAAAAUCAACUUGCUGAUGCACAUUAUCGGUUAAAUGAAAUAGCAAACGAAAAUAAGUUAUUAAAAGCAUUGCAGAAAAGACAAGAUUCUGCAUUAAAACGCUAUGAAGGUACAAAUGCUGAACUUCCAAGAAUUAUUAAUUCACAUCAUGAGGAACUGAGGGUACUUCAAGUCAAAUAAAUGAAGGAAUAAAAAAAUCAACAUAUGCAUACUAUUUCUUAGUCUCAAAAUAAACAUUUGUUACAACUCAGUAAAGAUCGUAAUUUGGGAGAAAGGGAAAAGUUACAAUUACAAGUUUAUGAUUUAAAUCAUAGAAUACAACAACAGCAAGAUAGUCUACAGACACUACAUAGGAAAUUGUCUCUUGAAACUAAGAGUUUAAAACAGCAAUUGCACAUAGAAACUUCCAAACGAAAAGAAACACAAAAACAUUUAGAUGGAGCAACAGAAAAAUUAAGAACAUUAGAAAAUUUAUUAGAUAAUAGAGAACGAAGAUUAUAUUAUAAUGGGCAAUUAUUAUUUCCUGAUAGAAUCCGACGUUUUGGCACACAGUCUCUUACGAAUUUGAGAGAUAUUAGCUCAUCAAAUCCAUUAAAAUUAUUGAAUAAAGGCAAAAAGUGGCAAACAGAUGUUCACAACAACAGUUUGCCUGUACUUCAUACACAUGAACUAAAUGAUAAAAAUAUCAGGACAAAUGAACCAAUAAAUUUGAAUCAGACUUUGGAUUGUGUAAAAACAGAAACAAUGACAAAUUUAGAACAAGUAAGAAAAUAUCGUCUUCAAAAAUCACCACACAAAAAGAUCUUAUUAGAUGAUACAGAAGAAAAACCUAAGGUGUCAGAAUUCACAAUGAAUGAAAAUUCAGAAAUCUCAGUGGAUUUAGAAAAUUCAGAACAAUUACAGAAAUAUCAUGGAGACAUUCAAAAGUAUGAAAUAAGUGCAGAUAAAUUUAGACAAAUAUAUAAGAAUCAAAAAUAUCAGAAUUGUAAUGAAUUACUAAAAAAGGAACUUACUUAUUCAUCUGAAGGCAGUGAAAGUGAAAAUGAAAAUUUUAAAGAUACGAGUGCAACUAAUAAUUCUAAACAACUGUAUGCAAGAUUAAUUAGUAGUGCAGAUGACACUUCAGAUUCAAAAGAAUUGACAUUUUCUGACUGUAAAUAUAAAAAUAAAUUAAGAGUUUUAGUAAGAGAGAGAAAAAAUUCUUAUGAAAGUGAUUCAGAAAUAGAAUCUGAAGUAAAAAAGGGAACAGUUAAACAUUAUUUGACAAGGAACUACCAAGAUAAUACACUUAAAUUAAUGUCACCUAUGUGUAACCAUACUGACUAUAAUUCUAAUCAAAAAGUAGAAAAAUCAACUUCUUCAAAACAUACCUUGAAUGGAUCACAAAAGCUUUAUCAAAAUUUAAUUGAUGAAAUGCAUGUGCAGGUUAAAAAUGUUGAGAAUGAAAAUGUGUGUGCUCUGUAUGAUGCACAAGAUAGUCAAACAGAUUAUGCAAGCCCAGAAGAUUUAAAGAAAUAUAUAUUUGAACAAGCUAUAUCUGAAAAGCAAGAACAUAAUAAUGUAAAUGUAACAAAAAAUGAACUUGUAAAUGAAUCAUUCUUAGAAACAUACUCUACAGGAGAACAUAAUGUAUCAUUCAAAACUUUUAAUGAGGAAGAAUCAUUAGAUAUUAAAUCAGAAAAGGUGUCACAUACAAAUGAAACUCUUUUUAAUGAUUCCCAAAAAAAAUCUACACAGGAUUUAUUAAAUCCCUCAAUAAAUUUGAAUAAAGAGAUAGCAGAUAAAACAGAUAUAGCUGAAAUAGAACUAAUAAGUAAAAAUAUAUUUGUUGAGACUUAUGAUUUAGAAACAAGAAAUAAAUUAAACAAACAUGAAUUAAAGAAAGAAUUAAGAAAUAUUGAUAUGGUACAUGAUGUACAAGCUCUUUACAAUGAACCAGUUCAUGAUAGAUUUACUGAUGUUAAUACUACAAAUGAAAUUAGUAUCAAGACAAAAAUAACUAAUUACAACAAAGAGAAGUUAUUAGCAUCAAUGAAAGCUAUUGAUAAUAAUGAAAACAUUGAAUAUUUAAACCAAGAUUAUGAAAAACAUAAUGUAACAAGUCAAAAACAAAUAGCAGGAAGUGUAUUUCAUGAUAUACCUACUCACAUGAAGAAAAAACAAGAUAUUAUUAAAGAUAUAUUUGACACUGAUGUAAUUAAAAAUGAAUCCACAGGUAGUUGUAAUAAAUUACACUAA